AUGAUGAUGUUGGUGACGACUGUUUAUGGUGAAGAGGCGUUCAGUAGCUUGGUGGUGACUGGCCAUAAGGAGGUAGUGAUUCAUCCCAGGUGGAUCGUACUCAAAAUGACUGCUGAAACUGCGGUUAGUAAGGAGGUGUCUGAGGUGGUUGCUAACAAUGCUAAGCGCCCUGUUGUAACUGAGGAGAGGGGUGAGUUAUGCUUGAGCUCUAGUCAGAAUCUACUAAAGCCUGAUUGCAAUGGGGUCAACCUCCAUGAUCAAGGGGAAAACUGCCACCACGAUCACAAUCAUGAUCCCGAUAAUUCCUUUGUUUUUGUAAGUGGGAAGGAUGGUCUCAGCGAUGAUCCUCUUGAUAACAAAGAUGUUGUUGGGGAAAAUUUGAGUGUUUCACCCAAUUCGGAGGCUGAUGAAGUCCAAGCUGAGGAUACGGAUGCUCAAAAUGGGAAAUUAGGUGUUGAAAAUGGAAAAAAUAGUGAAUCACUGGAGGAGGAGGAAAUUGUUGUUGCGGAAGGGAGCGAAGGGUGUCCUCUUCUGGAUAACAAUGUAGCACAAGACCAAGAGAAUUCGAUUGGUGAUGGGACUGAGGUCCAUGCUGCCACUGUCGUUGCUUUGGAGGAGCAAAAUGAAAUAAGUGAAAGCAGGGAAGAUGAGGUUCAAAUUGGAAAAACCGUCAGCUCGGAAGAAGUUGAAAAAGAGCAGGUUCUGGCUCUAAAUGGAGAAACUGGAGGCACAGCAGAAGCUGUAACAGGAAAAGUUGAGGAUCAAACAGAUUUGGAGAUGUCCCCUGCUACCAUUGAGAAUCAGGAAUCUCAUAUUGUGGUUCUGGGUUCGGAUGAGAGAAUGGUAGAGAGUGGAGAAUUAGAUAAUUUGUCGUUAGGCAUUAAUGUGUCUGGUGAUGAUAGUGACAAGUGCAAGGAUCACAGUAAUUCAAAGUCAACAGAGGACCUGGGAUUAGGCCAGGAAUCGCAAGAUGUCAUAAAUGCUGUUAAGUUUAAACCAAAGGGGUUUGAGGUGAGCUCACAGGAGCAGAUAGAGGUAAAUUUGGCAGAAGAAGUCGCAGAAAGUUUGGAUUGCACAAAUUCUGCACAUUUGGAUUCCAAUAGCCCAAGUAAUAACACAGAGAAGCAGGUUGGGGAGGUGAGCUCGCAGCAGCAGAUAGAGUUAAAGUCAGAAGGAGAAAUUGCGGAAACUGUGGCAUGUAAAGUCCCUGUAACACAUUCUGUGCAUUUGGAUUCCAAGCACAAUGCAAUUAAUAGCGAGGAGGAGAAUACCAAGACAAAGUUGGAUUCUGAUGAAAUGGAAAAUCAGAAGUGUAACACCGCAUUUAGCAACAAAAAUCAAGAUGUCAUAGGGCAGGGGUACAAGGAAGAAGAAACGGAGGACGAGACUGACUUGAAAUUGGAAACCAAAACUGUUAGUGGCCCGAUUUUAGAAGAAAUUAAAGAUGACUUACCUGUAGCUCAUUUUCAUCAUCCUGAAGAACCUGAUGCCCACACUUAUUGCAAUGGAGAAUCUCCUGCAGUUGUGAAUUCUGAAACCGAGAUUAACGUUGCCCUACCGAUUGACAGCUUUUCCUCAUCAAGUUCUGACGCUCAUGAGCCUCAAAAGGAAAUUGAAAUUUGUGAUGCUAAAAGUGUUGAGGGUGUUUCUCUUUUGCCUGCUGAUGGUACAAAGUCAGAAAGUAAUAUUGAGAAAGGCCCAGUCAUUGAGGACAGCAUGCGGAGUUUCAAUCCUAGCGAUGCAAACUCAGAAUCUAAAUUUGCACUUGAAAUAGUUGAUUACGAAGAAAGGCAGCCUACUUCCCAAGGUGAUGAUGUGAAUGUUCAAACUGAAGUUUCAAAAGGGAAUGCUAAUUGUGCCCAUAGCCCUUGUAUUUCUGCUGAUGUAAAAUUAGAAUCUGAAGUUGAGAACUCUUCUAUAAUAAGCAGCAGAGACAUGACUACUGACGGAGGUGUUGCAUGUGGAUCUGAUGUUUCAAAUGGAUCUACUGUUAAUGACGAAGGUAUGCUUAACAUCUCCAUGAAGACAGAAAAUGUUGAAAACCUGCAAGAUGAAUUGGCUGGUGCAGAGGGAAGAAGUGAUGGGAACAUGUUAUUGAAAGAAAGAGAUGAUAUUGAAAAAUCUCAAAUUGACCAAAUUUCAACAGCUUCGCCAGAGAGUUCUAGUGCUGAUGUGAUCACUGUUAAGGGUACAAGCAUUGAGGCUGUGACAAAGCCAUUCAACUUUUUGAUUAGAAUUCCAAGAUUUAAUGAUGAAGAACUUAGAGAACAGAUCAUGCAUGCUCAGCUACAAGUUGAGGAGAAGACGAAAAUCAGGGAUGCUAUUCGACUUCAAAUUCAGAAGAAAAGGGCCAACUGUCAAACUCAUGGUAUUGAAUAUGAAGCUGCCAAGUUAGAAGACAGGGCUGCACGGAAGUUAGUGAGGUCAAAGCGCUUGGAAAUGGAUUCUCUCCAGUCUGUGAUUAACAGAGCAAAGAAUGCCACAUCUAUUGAGGAUAUUGAUAGCCGGAUACACAACAUGGAACAUGUUAUGCAGCAUGAAACCCUGCCCUUAAAGGAAGAAAAGCAAUUCAUUCGUGAAAUCAAGCAACUGAAGCAGCUUCGUGAACAGCUGUCCUCUAACAUGGGUAACCAAGAUGAAAUCCAACAGGCUCUGGACCAGCGAGAACAAGUUGCGGAACGUCUGAAGGAACUGAAAAAGGAGCUCGAUAGCCUUAAAGGCAAGGUCUUGAAAGCCGAAGCAGCUGUUAUGGCUGCAGGGAAAAAAUACGAAGAUGAAAAUAAAAAGGUUAAGGAACUCCAAGAUCAGUUCAGAGCUGCUGACGAAGUUCGCCAAGCAGCAUAUGCUCAAUUGGCGAGCCUGAAAAAAGACUUUUUUGACAAGAACAAACAUUUUCGCAUGUACAAGGAUGCUGCUGCAGCAGCCAGUGAUUAUGCCUUCGGCAAAAAUAGAGAAGCACUUACUCGUCAUUGUGUAGAUCAGGUGGAAAAAAUUAUGGAACUCUGGAACACAAACGAAGACUUUCGCAAAGAAUAUGUCAAGUACAAUGAAAGGAGUACUGUCAGGAGAUUGGGAACACUUGAUGGUCGUUCGCUUGGCCCUGACGAGAAGCCACCAAUUCUGCCAGGUUAUGUUGAUAGAAGAGUGGAUAAUUUGGUUUCAAGGCCAGCUAUGUCUGAUUCGGUGUCUCAACAUCCGAUUCUUGAGCUAAAUCAAGAAACAGCUGUUGAAACUGUAAUAGUAGAUGAUAAAUCUACAAAAGUGGCAGAACCCAAGAACCCUGUAAUUAAAACUAAGGGACCAGCCAAAUCUAAAAUGGCAAAUAGUUUGGAAACUAAUUCUGGCAGGGAAUUGACUGAUGAGACAGAGGAGGAGCCUGUGAAAUCAAAGGAGGAGUUGGAGCUGGAGAGGAAAGCUGAGGAACUGAGAAAGCAGGAGGCUGAGGCCAAGUUAAGGGAGCAACGUCGAAUGGAGGAGAUUGCCAAGGCUAAGGAGGCACUUGAGAGGAAGAAACGAAAUGCAGAGAAGGCACAAAUGAGGGCUGAAUUACGGGCACAGAAGGAAGCUGAACGAAGAGAAAAGGAGAAAGCAAAGAGAUUGAGAAAGAAGGAAAGUAAGAAGGCUGCUGGAACAGAAGGGAGUGAAAAUGAUUGUGAAACAGAUCACAGCUCUGAGAACCCGGUUGAAAAUAUCAAGGAGACUGAAGUCAAGGAGAACGCGCACAUAGUAGCCAAAAGGUCAUCAAAACCUCUACAUUCCACAAAGCUAGGCAAAACAAAAUCCAUCCCUCCACCUCUUCGCAACAAAAACCGGAAAAAAUUACAGCAGUGGAUGUGGGUAUUUCUUACGAGCUUGAUUGUUGUAGUUCUCUUCUGGCUUGGGAACUUAGGUGCCUUUACAAAUGUAAACCUUAAGCGCUAA